AUGGUGAAAAAGGGUAAAGCCAAGCUCACGGAGCCAGCCAAACCUGCUGUUCCUCCGGCUGCUACAGUAAAAGAUGGGGGAAAGGGCAAAAAGGGCGCCAAGUCGGAGGCGGCAGUGCCUCCCGAGCUCGGUCCCGUCGGCCCUCCCAAGCCCACUGUGAAGCAGCUCAUCGGCGGUUCCUCGUGGACGGGCAAGCUGCCGGUGAAUCUGCUGAGCGAGUACUGUCAAAAGCAGAAGUGGGAUCGCCCCGACUACGACACGCGCAAAACGCCCGAUGGUUUCUCCGUGUUUGUGACGCUGAGCGCCAAGGACCCCAAGACUCAGCUGACGACGCGGCUGGAGCCAUUCAAGAUCCCGCCGACGCACAAGCACCUCAUCAUGCGGGACACGGCAAUCGAGGCCAAGCACGCAGCGGCGACGUACGCGCUCUUCCGCGUCUGUAGCAUGCAGAACAAGCACACGGUGCUGCCGCCAGACCACAAGGCGCUUUGGAAGGACUUUCAGGCGCUCAAGGCGCAGGACGUCAGGGAUGGCAAGGGCUGGAUCUAUGACGCGGACCCUUUCAAGACCUUUCAUGAGAGGCAGGAGGCGAAAGCGGCGGCGGAGAAGAAGCGCAAAGAGGCCGAUGCGCUCAAGGCCAAGGCCAAGGAGAUGCCUGGUGCUGCUGGUCUAGUGCUCCUAAGCAAUGCGGGGGGCGGUCGAGGCGGUGGUGGCAGUAGUAACGGCGGUGGUGAUAGGGGGUCGAACAUCAUGAAGGGUUGGACGAAUGCGCCCAACGUGGAAAUGGGCCGGCAGACGCGAUCGCAACUGGAAACCCUCUUGCGCGGUGGUGUCUCGUGGAACCCGUAUGCGGUGCAGAUGUCACAGGCUAUAAAGGACGGUGUCGUGGCCGAGCUUUGCAAGAUUGGCUUCCGCAAGACACACGUCGCUGAAGCUGUCGAGUACUGCAAGGACCGAGAAGAGACGCUGGAGUGGCUCCUCAUCCACGUGCCCGAGGAUGAUUUGCCACGGUGGGCGUUGCCUGAGAAAUAUGCCGCCGGUGUGACAAUCGGCACAAACGAUCUCAAGAGGGAUGGUACCAUCCAACGUCUCUCGCAGAACGGAUACUCGCUCGAACUGUGCGCGAGGGUGUACGACCAGGUUGGCGGCGAUGAGAGCAAGACGGCAGAGGCACUUCAGAACCUGUUGUUCUCGGGGCCCAAGAACGGGGCCGAGGGCGAACAAGAGUCGCUCGACUUUCUGGAUAUGGGGUCGCCAGAGGAACAGUGGCGCGAGGAGAUGGAGAGCUUAGAAUCAAUGUACGGAAACUUGUUCUCAAGAGAUGGCGCCGACACUGUCAAGAUACAGCUUGAAUCAGUCAAGAAUCCGCCUCACCAGGUUGAAGCCUCGCUACAAGUUCGACGAGGUUCAGACUAUCCGAAUACACUGAUCCUCGGCAUCGUUGCCAACUUGCCUUCAUACAUCAAAUUGAGCAUCAUUCGCAAAGCUCUGGAAUACAUGGAUUCGUCACUGCGAGAAGAGCCGAUGAAGGUGUAUUUGGUACUGGACUGGAUUCAACAAAACAUAAACGAUAUCAUUGAACAUCCGGGACAGCUGGUCGACAUCUCAGCAGUCUCAUCUGCCGCCGCCGAGCAAAAGCCAGGUGACGCAGUCAAAUCUAAAAGGAGACAACGGACAAUGCCAAGAGCCAUCAAAUGGAACCCUGAUGCGCGCAGCAAGGAAGCCUGGUUCAAGCGCCAAGAAAGCUCAGCGUACAAGGAGAUGCUCGGCAAGAGACAGAAAUUGCCGGCUUGGCAGAUGCGCGAAAGAAUCGUCAAGACAGUCAUGGACAACCACGUCACCAUCAUUAGCGGCGAGACGGGUUCAGGGAAAUCAACGCAAUCGGUUCAGUUUAUCCUCGAUGAUUUGUACGAAAAGGGCCUGGGAGACUGUGCCAACAUGCUCGUCACACAGCCGCGCCGUAUCUCGGCACUCGGUCUCGCCGACCGUGUUGCAGAAGAACGAUGCGGCCGUGUGGGACAAGAGGUCGGUUAUGCGAUUCGCGGUGAAGCGCGUCAAUCCAAGGAUACAAGAAUCACAUUUAUGACGACAGGUAUCUUACUUCGCCGCUUGCAAACGUCUGGUGGUCGUGUUGACGAUGUGGUUGCCUCACUUGCCGAUGUUAGCCAUGUCAUUGUUGACGAGGUUCACGAGCGAAGUCUAGAUACAGACUUUUUGCUCAACUUGAUUCGCGAAGUGAUGCGCAUGAAAAAGGACGCCCUGAAGCUGAUACUGAUGUCUGCUACGCUGGAUGCCGCUUCGUUUAUAAACUACUUUGCGUCUGAAGGCCUGAAAGUUGGCGCUGUCGAAAUCGAAGGCAGGACAUAUCCUGUCGACAAUUAUUUCCUGGACGAUGUUAUCCGCAUGACGGGAUAUAACGCAGAGACGCCAGACGGCGAGUUCAUUGGCGAUGAGCUCAUGGGCAAGAUUAUCCAGAAGCUCGGUCACCGCAUCAAUUACAACCUCAUUGUCGAGACCGUCAAAGCCAUUGAUUAUGAGCUAACCUAUGACAAGCAGCCAGGCGGAAUACUCAUCUUUCUCCCGGGAGUGGGUGAAAUUGGCCAGGCUUGCAGAGCGCUACAAGCAAUCACCUCGCUGCAUGUGCUCCCACUACAUGCCUCUCUGGAAACCAGAGAGCAGAAGCGCGUGUUUGCGAGCGCACCUCACGGCAAGCGCAAGGUUGUCGUGGCCACCAACGUGGCCGAAACAUCCAUUACCAUCGAUGACAUUGUCGCCGUCAUUGAUAGCGGAAAGGUCAAGGAAACCAGCUUUGACCCCGGCAACAAUAUGCGUAAACUCGAAGAGACGUGGGCCUCACGCGCGGCCUGCAAGCAGCGUCGCGGUCGUGCUGGUCGUGUACAGGAAGGCAAGUGCUACAAGCUCUACACGCAGAAUCUCGAGAACCAAAUGGCUGAGCGGCCCGAGCCUGAGAUUCGCCGCGUGCCGCUCGAGCAGCUGUGCCUGUCGGUGCGCGCCAUGGGUAUGCGCGACGUCGCGCGUUUUCUGGGCAGAUCGCCGACGCCGCCAGAGGCACUGGCCAUUGAAGGGGCAAUGAAGCUGCUCCGCCGCAUGGGCGCGCUGGAUGGCGACGAGCUGACGGCCAUGGGCCAGCAGCUGGCCAUGCUGCCGGCGGACCUACGCUGCGGCAAGCUCAUGGUGUUUGGUGCUAUCUUUGGCUGCCUGGACGACUGCGUGACGAUUGCGGCGAUUCUCAGCACUAGAAGCCCGUUCAUAUCGCCGCAGGACAAGCGCGAUGCGGCCAAGGACGCCCGCAUGCGCUUCUUUGCCGGCGAUGGCGACCUGCUGACCGACUUGGCCGCGUACACGGAGUGGAAGGGCCUGAUGCGCGACCGACUCCCGAUGAAGCAGGUCCGCGCGUUUUGCGACGACAAUUUCCUCUCGCACCUGACCCUGUCGGACAUUUCCAACACCAAGUCGCAGUACUACACGGCGCUCGCGGAGAUGGGUCUCGUGUCGCCAAGGGAAGCGGCGGCUGCGGAGGAGGAUGCCGUCGGUGCGGCCGCGGCGGGCGAUGCGGGAAGCGGCCGGAAGAAGAACUCGCAGCUGCUGCGGGCGCUCGUCGCGUCGGCGUUUACGCCACAGAUUGCGAGGAUCCAGUACCCGGACAAGAAGUUUGCAAGCUCCAUGUCGGGCGCGGUGGAGCUGGAUCCGGAGGCGCGGUCCAUCAAGUACUUUAACCAGGAGAACGGGCGGGUGUUUGUGCACCCGAGCAGCACAAUCUUUGACAGUCAGGGCUUUUCCGGGCACGCGGCGUACAUGGCGUACUUUUCCAUCAUUGCCACAUCCAAGGUGUUUAUCCGGGAUCUCUCUCCAUUCAACGUGUAUACGUUGCUCAUGUUUUCGGGCCCCAUUGAGCUUGACACGCUGGGCCGCGGCCUGUUGGUGGAUGGCUGGCUGAGGCUGCGGGGGUGGGCGCGCAUCGGCGUCUUGGUCGCGCGGUUGCGCGGCAUGGUGGAUGACUUGAUUGCGGAAAAGGUGGAAAAGCCGGGCUUGGACUUGCGUGGUAACGAGGUUAUUAAGUUGGUGACGAAGCUGAUUGAGCUAAACGGGUUGGAUGCGUAG